AUGCCUUCGUCGCCGAAAUACAAAUCGGCCAGGUAUAACUUGUCGAUUCCUCAGGGACUGCUUGACUCGCCCGCGGCAAAGCGGGCUAAGCGAUCGCGGAGGAACCGAAAGAAUCGUGCCAGAAAUGCUAGUAAGAGUUCACCCACCACAAACGAUCAGGUCUCUUCCGGCCACUCCGUCUCGGCCGAGGGUACUUUUGCCCGUAAAGAGACCCCGAUCCCGCCUCCCACGAUGCCCCAGAGCCAAAAUUUCAGUUUCUCGAUGAAAGACGAGAAAGGAAAGUCAAGCAUUGGCUACGAGAACAACACCAAGCAGUCCAAUUCGGCGCCCGGCAAAGAUCCAAAGAACGGCACGUGGGUCAACAGUUCCCAGAUUGUGGCCAACACCCGCAAAACUAGAGCCGAGCCCCAAAGCAACGACAGAUGGGGUCAACUUCACAAUCGAUUCAGCUACUACGAACCCCCCGCCGAUCCGGGUCCUUCUAAGCCCUGGGUGGCCAAGAGUCCCGCUCCCCAGCCCAAGGAACUCACUCCGUACAGCGAGUUCACUCCCAAAAGGAGCAUGACUUUCAAGGACUAUCCCAACCCGGUUGCCAAUCGCCUCCCGCCGGUCAUCCAAGUUUCCCCGGAGCCGAGGAAGAGAAAGCGCGCUGCAUCCGCCAAAGAGUCCACGCAGACUACUACUGCCGCCGCCCCCGGUAACAAUAGCGGCGCCAGCAUGACUCCCACAAUUAACCUCAUCACCAGUGAUGAAAUGAGCAGCGCCCCGACUUCCGCUACCAUUCCCGUUACGUCACCUAUUCCGACUUCUACCCCGUCCCACGCCGCUUCAUCCGAAAGCAAGACCCUCAAAGCAAUCAACAAGCGCCUCAAAUCCAUUGAGGCGGGUUUAGCCGCUCUGACAACUACCACCGCCGCAGCCGCUGCGGCUGCCCAUUCUGGCUCGUCCGUUGCAGGCUCCUCCAAUGCUGCGCAGGGCGACAGCCAGACCCGUGGUCACGGCCAAGGUCUCAAGGGCAUGGAUCCCAGAAUGAUCGAACAGUUCAAUCGUGUACACGAGGAUAUAAGGUUGACAGGCGACCAUUUGGUACGUAAUCAGAUGCGCGCCACCAUCCGACACAACACCAUAUUCGACUUCCUCGUCAAGAUUGCGGAGGAUGUCACUACCCUGAAUGGUGAAGUGGCGCGCCUGCGCAAGACCGGGGCUGAGGGUCAAGAUGGUGAUGGUGACGGCGAUACAAAGGGCAAAGGUGUUGCUCGCGCUUCUCCCUCAGGCUCCCAGACUCCCCAUCGGCGCGGCACCCCGACGAGCCCAGCCAAGAAAGAGGAGACUUACCUGGAGAGGCUGCGGAAGUCACGGAACACGCUUAGAAGCUUGCUGGGUAUUUAUAUGACGGAAAUGAAUGCGGCCGAUAACGAAGAGGAUGUAGAAAAGCAUGCCACGCUUGUCGAGGCGUACGCCAAGGAUGUGUUCAGCACUUUCCUUUGA